GGGUUUUAAUCUUAUGAUGAAUUUGAGGCCGGCCUGAAAAGUUUAUAGAGUAGGCUACCUGGCCCAACCUGCGACCAUUAGUCGUAUUUUGCUUCUCAGCGGUCUCUGUCAGCAAAAUAGGUUAUGCAAUCCAUGUUCAGGGCCGCUUCAAUGUGUCAACUUCCGGUUUAUACUGUGAUAUCGUCAGUCAUUCCAAAACGUCAUUCGCAGAUUUCGCAUUUUAACAUGUUAAUGCUCUGCCCUUGGCGCGACCACAUGCCCUCAGCGCGACCGCAUUCGGAACAGGGCGCGACCAUGCGAGCACAGAUAUGACAGGUGCAAGAAAGUUGUUAGUACACCAUUUAAAGAACUCAAUGCAGUCCUUACAAGAGGCUCAAAAACUUUCGGGACACACAGAGAGAGUCUGGUGUGUGUCUUGGAAUCCGUCUGGGACACUUCUAGCUUCAUGUAGCAGCGACAAGACUAUCCGUAUAUGGGGAAAGGAAGGAGAAAACUGGGUCUGCAAGUCUGUGUUGACGGAUGCGCACACACGCACUGUCCGCUCAGUGUCAUGGUCACCCUGCGGCCAGUAUCUGGCGGCUGCCAGCUUUGACGCCACUACCAGUGUGUGGAGUCGCAAGGGCGGCGAGUUUGAAUGUCUAGCUACACUGGAAGGCCAUGAGAAUGAGGUGAAGAGCUCAUCCUGGGCUUGUACCGGCAGCCUCCUGGCCACCUGCAGCCGAGACAAAAGUGUUUGGAUUUGGGAAGUUACUGCAGAUGAAGAGUUUGAGUGUGCCAGUGUGAUGUCUACGCAUACUCAGGACGUAAAACGGGUCAAGUGGCAUCCUACCAAAGAGCUUUUGGCGUCGUGUGGCUAUGACGACACAGUCCGGCUGUACCGGGAGGAGUCGGAUGAUUGGGAAUGCUGCAACACACUUAAGGGCCAUAGCUCUACUGUGUGGGCCCUGGAUUUUAACCAAACUGGAAACCGCCUUGCAACAUGCAGCGCUGACUGCUCCUUGAAAAUCUGGCAGGAAUAUGAGCCGGGUAAUGCUGAGGGUGUGAACACCACUGACAACAUCUCAGUGUGGAAAUGCGUCUGCACUGUCAGCGGCUUUCAUGAGAGGCCGAUUUAUGACGUGAGUUGGAGCACGCUGGAAGACUUGCUGGUGACUGCAGGUGGGGACGAUUCUCUCUGUGUGUAUCGAGAAGUUCUUACAGCUGACGCGAAGAACUCGCCUAAGUUUGAGAUGGUGGCUAGAGUCCGAGGGGCUCAUGCUGAGGAUAUAAACAGUGUUGUUUGGAGUCCCUCAGAAAAAGGUUUGCUGGCGUCUGCCAGCGAUGAUGGGGAUGUAAAGUUGUGGAAGCUUCUGCAAGAGGCAUGAUAAGCUCAUUUUCUCCCCCUUAUCCUUAAAAGUGGUGCAUCUGAAGUAGUUAGUAUGUUAUUCUUUUACAAAAGUUUUGGCUUAAAUGAUUUGUUUGUAGAUACACCUGAAGUACAUGUAGCCAUACAGUCUCUGACAGGUGUUCAUUAUUUGAGUGAGGUUUUCUAAUGUUUAUUUUGUAACCAGUGUGUUUUAAUAAAAUUGAAAGGUUUAAAUGGUAUCAAACUUGCAAAUUUAAUGACAGAUUGUUUGCCACACCUCAGUUCCUGUUUGCUCUUGAAAUUGUCAGAAAAUGGAGAGAUAAAACAAUUGUAUCAUCUGAAUGAUAUGACACCCCUGUUUAUGACCUCAGGGUUGUAUCCAUUUUAGGUCACUGACAUCAGUGGAUUAUUUUAUAUUAUGGAAUGGAUUGGUGUGUUUGAAGCAUACAUUGUGCUUUAGAUGUAAAAUAGUCCAAGUUGUUUGGCUUGAUGAAUAAUGCCUUUCUUAAAUAUGGUUUGAUGGAAACGAAAAAAAAGAAAAGUCAUAAUUAAAAAAUCAGUGCUUGCCAACCAGGAUGAUAUCGCUCACUAGUAGGUGAUUUGGUAAUUUUGGUGGGUGGUGAAGAUCACCCAGUGAUAGGUGUUAUUUAUUGAAAUGUUCCGAUUUGAAAUACAUUCAGUUCAUACUGGUGGGCUGUACAAAAACUUACACCUCUUAAGAGUAGCAAAAGUGGGCACUGGCUAUAAAAAGGUUGACAAGCACUGGUUUAAAAGGUAUGCCUUCCCAGAAAGACCCUUGAGCUGUUGGUUACAAGCAACUCAUUUAAUUUUGUGUACAGUACCAUGAUUGUCAUAUGGAGCGUAUCAAUUUUUUCAUUUAAGAAUAAACAGUGUAUAUAUACAGC